AUGUCGUCCUUCUUGGAGAAGCAGUCGUCCGCCUUCCGGGGGAGCCUCGCGUCGGCCGCAUCCAAGCUCUCCAACCCGUCGUCGGCCGCACCACCCAAGGUCCCUGAGGCGACCAAGGCAUCCUCCUCCUCUCUCGCACCGCCAUCGCUCGCCCCUCCAUCGCCAUCCCCCUCGGCUGCGUCGGAUAGUACGACACCUACGGGGAAGCGGAAACGAGAUGCGGCCCCCAAGGUGCCCUUCUCGCAGCCGCAGCUGACGGGCUACGGCGCCGAGGUGAAGACGCAGAUGACAUUUGCUGUCGACUAUCUGAAGAAGAAGGGCGAACCCAAAACGGUGACGGAUCUCAUCGACCAUCUCAGCCUGCGCAACUACACGGAAGAACACAAGAAGGAGCUCGUCGAAGGUCUCCGUGGCCACCCCCGCGUCGAGUGGAAGCCGGACUCGAGCCUCGCGGAACAGACGUGGAUGACGGGCACCUACGGCCACCGACCCAUCAUACCCGGCGUCAAGGAUGCGACAACGCUCCUUGCAUUCCUCCAGGCGAAAACAGACGCCUCGGGCGUCAAAGUCCAGGACCUCAAAGACGGCUGGCCCGACUGCGAAGAAGUCCUCGGUCAGCUCGAGCAGCAGCAUCGGAUCCUCGUCACGCGCACCAAGAAGGAUAAUUUUCCCCGCUGCGUCUGGCUCGACGACGCCUCCAUCCAACACUCUGUUCAGCCCGAGUUUCAGGUCAUGUGGCACCGUGUCCCCCUGCCGAGCCUCGACGACAUGCAUCGGAAGCUCGUCAGUGUCGGCCAGAAACCAACGAGCGAGGAUCCACGCAAGGCGGCACAGGCUGUCGGUACGAAACCCAAGUCGCAGAAGAAGCGGGCGGGCAAGAGGGUGGGCAAGGCGACCAAUGUGCACAUGCAGCACUUGAUGCAAGAUUACAGCAACCUGCGCCGCUGA